CAAAGGUAGUAGUACAGAAAAUCAAAAAGAUACUUUAGAUAUCUUAUCUCAUACCCGAUCAAAUUAAAAAAUUCAGAUUUGACUAGACAAAAAUAGAUCAGAUCAGAUCAAAUCAUAUCAGAAUUAAAUAAUACUCCCUCCGUUCCCAAAAAUACUUCCCACUUUCCUUUUUGGGCUGUUCCCAAAAAUACUUCCCACUUUCCCAUUUUGGACAAUUUGUGUGGCACACAUUCAUUUUACCUUUUUCUUACACAACCACAACCAUACAUUUCCACUUUAUUCCACUUCCUUAAUAAGCGUGCCAAGUCAAACCGGGAAGAAUUUUUAGGAACGGAGGGAGUAGUAAAAUUCACAUCAACCAGUCGUGCAUUAGAUCAAACAUAAAUAAAUUAUAUAAGAUUUUUCUAAAAUUUUAUGUAAGUAGUAUAUAAUAUUGGUGUCAUAUGAAAGAUGACAAAAAUGGUGUAAUUUGAUACUACCUCCGUCCGAAAUUGAUUUGCAAAUUUAUUUGUUUUUUUGUCAAAUAAUUUCAUUUUAUUCGCUUAAUUAGGAUAUCAAUUUUUAAUUAUUUGGGUUGACAACUUUGUAGAGAUUUUAAUAUAGUUUCUAUAUAUAUAUAUAUCAAAAUUUUAAUUAUUAAAAAUUGAAUCAAUUAUCAACAUGAAGGAUUGACAUUUAUUACUAGUUGACCUCCACGAACCAGUCACUUGUUUGCCCAUGAUCGCUCCCCCUGAUAGUAGUCCUCCGAAGAAUUUUUUUUGCAUUGCUCGACUUCAUUCCCGACAACACUACAUAGCUGUAAGCAAACAAUAUUUUUGAUGGAUAGUGUACCCGGGGGUAGCUAUCCGAGGGGUUAUUGUGGGGAACAACUAGAGAUUUCGUCAUUUUCUCCCAGUAGCUUCGUAUGCUCAAAACCAGCUGUCCUGUGGGAUUUCGAGCCUUCGGCCUAGGGGCCGAAGGCGUCAUAUGUGCAACGUGGGCUCCUUGAUAUUUGGGACACUGUGAUUUGGGUCUGUUAUGCUUCCUGGGCUUGAUGGGCAUGUGUCAGAGUAGUAUGAGUCUGUGGGCUGGGGGUUCCUGGGCCAUAUACUCCAUCAGGAGUCCCUCAUUCCUUUUGUCGAAAAGGUACUUGAUGGAAAAUGAGUAGUUGUGUUUGCCCUUUGAUGCUGCCUUGAUGUGGUUUGUAAAGUAGUGAGGAGUCUUGCGUUUAUAUGUUUUGCCGAGGGCAGUCCCUCAGUCCCCCAUAUUUUGGGACUUGGAGGAUUAUGUUGAUGUUUCGGGGAAAGUUUAACAUUUUGUGAUUUUCCCCGGAGGGGUCCUCCAGCCCCCCACUCCUUGAGGCACUUGUAAUGUGGUGAAAAAGAGUAGAGCAGUGCCUGUUUUUAUCAUAGGACCGAAGGCUCGUGCUUUUCGUUUCAUUUUGGGGGGAUGCCUCGUUAAAACCCUCAUUAGGAAAAAUCCUGUGGGAAAAAAUACUAAUGAGGGAAAAAGAGUGCACCGAAUUCCCCCAAUGAUGAAUCGAAAAGGUGAACCCUUGGUCUGAGAUGAAGGAUAAUGUUGAUGCCGAGAGUUGUCCGUGAGUUGAGGGCCUUCUUCCUGGUUUAGCCGAAGGUUGAUUGUUGAUAUCCUGGGGAUGCCGAGAGAAGUCCCUCAGCCACCAGGGCUGAGGGCAUGUUGACAUAGGUGAUAGCUCCCGUGGUGCCGAGGGGGGUUCCCUAGCUCUUGAUAAGUUGGAGGCUGAGGGCUCCCGAGGGGUCCCGUUAUUUUAUGCCGGAGGCUAAUCACUUAUUAGGAGGUUUGAAGGUGUGUCCCCGGGGGGUUCCCUAGUUCUCAACAUGUUGAAGGUUGAGGGUUCCUGAGGGUUUUUCCGUUGUGAAGCCGUGGGCUCCCCUCGAUGAAGGAGUCUGAAGGAGUUAGCCCGAAGGCAUGCAUAGUCUUGUCUGAGGGGUGCCAGAUGAGGGCACCUUAGUCUGUGAAGGAGAGUCAUUGGGAUAUGACCGUUGGAAUAUGCCUGUUGGAGCUCGCUGUCCACGUGGCGUGUAGAUGCUGGCUGGCUCUGGGCGGGCGUCACCGGUUGGUUGAACCGACGGUAGGUAAUGAUGGUUUUGGCGUCCGAGGGCCCGGUUUUCAGCCCAAGUCCGAAUUGAGGAGUCUAUAAAUACCCCCUAACCAGAGCCAUUCUUCCCUGCGCGAUUACAUAUUGAGGCGAAGCUCUGCCAAAUUUUCUAGAGAGAGAAACUUUGGCUUUCGAUCAAACCCUAGCUUUCAAGGUCAGUUCUUCCUCUUGUUCUUCGCUUCAGCAGCACAUUUAGCUUUGUGGCCUUAGAUCUAGCGUUAGCAAUCCUUAGGAAAAUUUCUUUCCUCGGACCCUUCGAACGCCUUACCGGGGAUGUCGUCUGCGAGUGACUCUCAAGAUAUCUCGAGGGAGCCGUCUGUCCAGGCUGAGAGCUAUUCAGACGUUGAGUCUUCAAGUGAGCAGCCUUCGGCGUGUGAUGAUGCUGCCAUGGCCAUGGAGGUAUAGAAAGACCUCAUUGCCGAAGCCGAAGCUGAGGACUUCGAGCAAGUGGUAGAGGACGAGGAGCUGGCCAUCGCCGUUCAGUCUGCUGAGGAAGAUGAAGAAAGAGAGAGACAGAAGGUCACCGUCGCCAUCCUCCCCGCUCGUAACGCCGGAGAAGCCAGUACCUCCCGGCCUCUAGAUCCGACGCCUAUUAGCGUGGCCCCGAGGAAAAAGAGGAAAGCGAAGGCUACACUGAAGAAGAAACAAGCUGCUGCCGAUGCUGGACAGCCGCUGGGUAUCCCCGAGGGCUAUUCCUUUCUCAACACUGCGACCCUGGAUGUGAAGACGAAGGCGAUAGCCGCCGAGUAUCAAGCCACGCAAUUCCUCGUGGGUCCUUCGGCACAGGUAGUGGAACCGGGGCCGGAUGACAUGCUUUUGUAUGCCCCCGCCGGCUGCUUUGCCGUACAUAUACUUUCGGUGGAGUUGGGCCUCCGAUUUCCCCUCCACCCCUUCGUGAUCCAAUACCAUCGCUUCGUCAAACUCGCCCCCUGCCAGUUGACUCCAAAUAGCCACUCUUACUUGGCUGGUUUCCUCUCUCUUUGCCGGAGCAGGGGCGUGGAGGCCACAUUAGAUCAUUUCUUCCUUUCCUUCAACCUCUAUCGGGGGGGAGGGGGGUCACUCAAAUCUGGAGGCUUCGCCAACCUGCAGCAACUCCCCGAGUUCAGACUUUUUGACGAUGUCCCCUUGUCUCACAAGGGGUGGAAGGAUAAAUUCUGUUACGUUCGUCUGGCAGAUAAUCCCUUCACAUCCCCACUCCGUGAUUGCUUCCAGAGGCAUUUAAAAGCAGAGGGCGCUGCCUUGGAGAAGAAAGGGAGAAAACUUUCCAAGAAGCCGGAGGGAUCUGAGAAGCAUGUUAUGAUCAAGGCUGCCACCCUCUCGGAUGAGCUUUAUGAUUUGGGCUUCCUUCGGUACCAGUUGAUGGGGGAAAGAGAUGAGAGAUAUCCCCCAGUCGAUAUGGUCUACCAAAGUGCCGGAGGUUGUUGCCUUGCCGAGGGAUCUCAUUUUAUACUUGGGAUUUUUUCUUCUUUUGUUUUGUUGUAGUAGUAUUCUAACACUUGUAUAUCUCCGUUGUUUCUCAGGACCAGAUAUGGAUGCUAAGAAUCUUGCCAAGGUGAAGAGGCAACUUGCCAAAGAAGGCAAGAAGAAUGAGGCUCCGGAUCAACAGAGGGCCGUAGACGAGAUCUUCCCGAAGGCGGGAACUGGAAAUGAUGGAGGGCCUUUGGUGAAUGCAGUUGUUGGUCAAGAUGUCGGCUUUGCUGCCGAGGUCUCCCCCGUCGGGGAGCUUCAGAGAAAGAGGGCUGGGAAGAGCGUGGUGCCCCCGGAGGGGAAGAAGCAGAAGAAGGGGGCCACUGAGAAGAAAGAGGCCCCCGUUGUCAUUGUCGAGGAACAUUCCUCCUCCGAGCCCCCGGCUCCGGUUGCUGGUGCGUCGUGGCACCAGGACAAUGUGCAGUUCUCAAUCACCAAAGGGACUGCCAUCAUGCAUGGCACUUUGAACCCGAGGGAGUUCCUGAGGGGUGCCACCCCCCGACAGACAAGUCGGUGCUAUCCCGGCAUGCUGACGAUGCCCUCUGCUCCAAGGUCCUCCAGGCCUCGGUUACGGCAUGCCUUGGGCUUGGCGAGCUCAUCCAGAGGAUGGAGCAAUCGCAACUUCAGAAGGCACAAGCUGAUGAAGCUCUGAUCCUUGCCCGAAAGCAGCUCCAGGAAGUGCAGGAGGCCUUCCGCUUGGAGAAGGAGGCCUUCGGAAAAAUCCUUGAGAACAGCAAGGUUGUGGCCAAAGCUGAGGGUAGAGCUGAGGCCGAGAAGACGGCAGCUGAGGCCAUCAAGAAGGCCAACGAGGAGGCCAAGGAGGCAAUGAAUAAAGUUGUUGCUGCGGCCCGGGAGGAUGCCAUCGCUGCUUUUAUCUCCGAAGGAUGGAAGGCUGAGGGCCGGAAAGAAUGGGUGGCCUCAGUAGUGGAGGCUCGGUGGAUUCUUAGGUGAAAGGCCCCGGUUCCAUGUGGCUAGCCCACAAGGGCAAGGAGUAUUAUGAUGGGAGCGAGUUCUUCACUCAAGCCCUCAUAUACGGGAGGCUAGCCCGGCACAUGGGAGUGGACCCGAAGGCCUUUGACCCGACGGCUCAUGGUCUUCCCCCUCUUCAGCCAGACACCAGAAUUCCUCUCCCUGCAGGUGCCGAAAGGCCUGACCUUGAAGAUACCGUAUUGAUGCAGGAGGCGGAGGAUGAUGAUGGAGAAGCCGAAGGGGAUGCCACCUCAAAGCCAGCCGAAGAGGUUGCCGCUGAAGCUGCCAAUCCCUGAUUUGUAUUUAGAUAGUUUUUGUAAUAUCUUGUAGCAAACAUUUCUUAUCUUCCGGCUUCGGCCUUGAUGUAUAACAAUUUACUUUUCCUUUUUGUUAAUGAAUGCCUUC